AUGGCACCUGUCAAGGCAACUACGACCACCCAAUCCCCAGCUAGAGAUAAAACCUGCGAAUCAUUUGCAAAGAAAGGAAAGAACGUCGAAGUCCUCAUUACAGUUCUAUUGAGUACUAAACGACCAGAUGCUUUUGGUUUAGAUGCCUCGCAAGUCGACUGGGACCUCGUCGCCAAACGCUUGGGUCUCAAGAAUGCAAAGGUUGCUUCAACUCGUUUCGGACAAGUCAAAAAGGAAUUAAUCGAAUGUGCUGAGUCCAUGAAUCUUAUGGAUUCAGCUACGGGAGAAGCUAGCGGCGAGGGUGAUUUCAAAGGUGAAGGGGGUGAAAUUACUCCUCCUGAGACACCAGUGAAGGUUAAACCCAACCCGGGGCCUAAGAAAAGGAAUCCCCCCAAGGGCAAAGUUGCCAAAGGAACCCCAAAAAGUAGCGGGGGCCGUGGAAGAAGAAGCAAAGCUGUGAAGGAGGAAGUUGAGCCAGUGGUCGAGCAGGGGGUUGAGAGUGGGGAAGAGAGUACCGAUGUCUUAGAGUAG